GAACCCUAAAACCCCAAAACGCACCAUUCGAUCGGUCUCAGCAAGCUUCUUCGUCAUUCUCUAUAAGCAAUGGAGAUGUCAGAUGAGACAGUGAUUGUCAAUACUAGUAGAUUGAAAUCUGUUGUAUGGAAUGAUUUUGAUAGGGUUAAAAAAGGUGACACCUAUGUGGCUGUUUGUAGGCAUUGCAAAAAGAGACUCAGUGGUUCUAGUACCAGUGGGACAUCACAUUUGAGGAAUCAUUUAAUCAGAUGUCGGAGAAGAUCAAGCCAUGACAUUGUUCAACUGCUUUCAACAAAGGGAAAGAAAAAGGAAGCAACUCUUGCAAUUGCAAAUUUUAGUUUUGAUCAAGAGCAGAGGAAGGGUGAAAUGCUUAACCUCGUACAUAAUAGGUAUGAACAAGAACAGACAAAUGAUGGUACCAUUAAUGUUGGACAUAGUAACUUCGAUAAUAAGCGUAGUCGAUUUGAUCUCGCUCGCAUGAUUAUUUUGCAUGGUUAUCCUUUGUCUAUGGUUGAGCAUGUUGGAUUCCAACUAUUUGUUAGAAAUCUUCAGCCUUUGUUCGAGUUAGUGACAUUUAAUAGGGUUGAGGCCGACUGUAUUGAAAUUUAUCAUAAAGAGAAACAGAAGGUGUAUGAGGUGCUAGAUAAGUUACCUGGUAAAAUCAGCAUUACUGCUGAUGUGUGGGUUGCUAAGGAAGAUGUUGAUUACUUAUCUUUGACUGCACACUUUAUUGAUGAUGAUUGGCAAUUAAAAAAGAAGGUUUUGAAUUUUAUAAUGGUUGAUCCUUCUCAUACAGAAGAUAUGCUUUCAGAAUUUAUCAUGACAAGUCUAAUGGAUUGGGAUAUCGAUCGAAAAUUAUUUUCAAUGACAUUUGACAGUAGUUCUACCAAUGACAAUAUCGUCUGUAGAAUUAGAGACCGACUCUCCCAGAACAGGUUUCUUUUGUGUAAUGGUCAAUUAUUUGAUGUACGCUGUGCAGCAAAUAUUAUUAAAUUGAUGGGUCAAGAUGCCUUGGAAGCACUGUCGGAGGUAACCCAUAAGAUUCGGGAAAGCAUUAGGUAUGUUAGAAGUUCACAAGCAGCACAGGAAAAGUUCAACGGGAUGGUUCAUCUUGCGAGCAUUGAUAAUCAGAAGUGCUUGUGUGUUGAUAAUUCAACACGAUGGAACUCAACAUAUUUCAUGCUUGAAGCUGCUUUAGUGUAUAAAGAUGCGUUUUCUCUUCUGCAAGAACAUGAUCCCAUUUACACAUUGUGUCCAUCUGAUAUAGAGUGGAGCAGAGCAAGUGCCAUUACUGGCUAUUUGAAGCUCUUUGUUGAGGUUUCUAAUGUUUUCACAGGGACCAAGUAUCCGACAGCAAAUAUAUAUUUUCACGAGAUUUGUGAUGUGCAUUUGCAGUUGAUUGAAUGGUGCCAGAACUCGGAUACUUAUCUUAGUUCUUUAGCCUUGAAGAUGAAAAGCAAAUUCGAUGACUAUUGGAAGAAGUGCAGCUUGGCUUUGGCAGUUGCAGCAAUAUUAGAUCCUCGGUUCAAGAUGAAGUUAGUAGAGUAUUAUUAUCCUCAAAUUUAUGGCACGAGUGCUUCUGAUUGUAUCGAUAUUGUUUCUAAUUGUAUGAAAACACUUUACAAUGGGCAUGCCAUUUGCUCCCCAUUAGAUUCUUAUGGUCAAGGCUUGUCUUGUCAAGUAGGCGGUGGUGGUGGGGGUGGUAAUGAAUCUCGGGAUAGACUAACGGGCUUUGACAGGUUCCUCCAUGAAACUUCACAGAGCCAAAACACAAAAUCAGAUUUGGACAAAUACUUGGAGGAACCACUUUUUCCUCGCAAUAUGGAUUUCAGCAUUUUAAAUUGGUGGAAAGUUCACACACCAAGGUAUCCCAUUCUAUCUAUGAUGGCCCGCAACAUUUUGGGAAUUCCCAUGUCAAAAGUUUCAUUGGAGUUUGCAUUCAGCACUGGAGAUCAAAUGCUUGAUCAUUACCGGAGUUCACUAAGAUCAGAUACUGUGCAAGCCCUAAUGUGUGCACAAGACUGGAUGCGGAAUGAACCUGAAGAUUCCAAAUCUACCUCGAGCCAGUCUACUUUGGCUCUAUGCUACGACGGGAAUUAACAAGGAUUAUUGGUCUGAAAUUGUAGGUUGUAUAUGCUUCCCUUCACACCUGUGUGAAAGCUGUAGUGUUUGAUGGAAUUCUUUUUCAUACUUUGGUUGUAAUUAGCUCAAGAGGGCUAAGGGAAGAAGUAACAAGAGGGGAGGUAGCCAAGGGUGCUGUAAGGGUAGAGGAGCUGCCAAGAGGUAUGAUAGAGAGAGAUGUAAAAGAUAUCAUUGAGCAGAAAGUCCAUGGAACUUGGAGCUUAUGGAUUCAAUUAUCCUUGAGCAGGGAUCUUGGAUAUUGAUGUUGGAUUAUGGAUGUUUUUGAUCUCACCAUUGUAUUCUCAAUUGGUCUCGGUAUGUGCUGAACCACAUUAAAUAUUUGUGUUUCUCUUGUGUGCGCGUGCAUGUUUAUUUAUUUUAAGCAUUCUUCCACUAGCACAUGGAACUCCUUAUUUUGAGCAUUCUUCCACUAGCACAUGGAACUUGUCUUCUCAAGAAAUAGUGUCAAACCAAUAUAAUUUAUUAUUAUUUGAGGAUGUGAUAUUUUUUUCCCCCU